UUUAAAGCCAGGUGCGCCGAGUCAGCUCGCCAUGUCCAGAUCCGGGGACAGGACAUCCACCUUCGACCCCAGCCACAGCGACAACCUGCUGCACGGCCUCAACCUGCUUUGGAGGAAGCAGCUGUUUUGCGACGUGACCCUGACGGCCCAGGGCCAGCAGUUCCACUGCCACAAGGCCGUGCUGGCCUCCUGCUCGCAGUACUUCCGAUCUCUCUUCUCCAGCCACCCCCCUCUCGGGGGAGGGGUCGGCGGCCAGGACGGCCUGGGGGCCCCCAAGGACCAGCAGCCACAGCCGCAGCAGCAGCCGUCACAGCAACAGCAGCCGCCGCCACAGGAGGAGCCCGGGACUCCUUCCUCCUCCCCCGACGACAAGCUGCUGACCAGCCCCCGGGCCAUCAACAACCUGGUGCUGCAGGGCUGCUCGUCCAUUGGGCUGCGCCUGGUGCUCGAGUACCUCUACACGGCCAACGUGACCCUCUCCCUGGACACGGUGGAGGAGGUGCUGUCGGUCAGCAAGAUCUUGCACAUCCCCCAGGUCACCAAGCUCUGCGUGCAGUUCCUCAACGACCAGAUCUCGGUGCAGAACUACAAGCAGGUGUGCAAGAUCGCAGCGCUGCACGGCCUGGAGGAGACCAAGAAGCUGGCCAACAAGUACCUGGUGGAAGAUGUGCUGCUGCUCAACUUCGAGGAGAUGCGCGCCCUGCUGGACUCGCUGCCGCCCCCCGUGGAGUCGGAGCUGGCGCUUUUCCAGAUGUCCGUGCUGUGGCUGGAGCACGACCGCGAGACCCGCAUGCAGUACGCGCCCGACCUCAUGAAGCGCCUCCGCUUCGCACUCAUCCCUGCCCCGGAGCUGGUGGAGCGGGUCCAGUCAGUAGAUUUCAUGCGCACGGACCCCGUCUGCCAGAAGCUGCUGCUGGACGCCAUGAACUACCACCUGAUGCCCUUCAGGCAGCACUGCAGGCAGAGCCUGGCCAGCAGAAUUCGUUCUAACAAGAAAAUGCUGUUAUUGGUCGGAGGACUGCCUCCUGGGCCAGACCGCCUUCCCAGCAAUUUGGUUCAGUACUACGACGAUGAAAAGAAGACGUGGAAAAUACUCACAAUUAUGCCGUACAACAGUGCCCACCACUGCGUUGUGGAGGUAGAGAAUUUCUUGUUUGUGUUGGGCGGAGAGGACCAAUGGAACCCUAAUGGAAAACACAGUACCAAUUUUGUCAGCCGAUAUGAUCCCCGAUUUAAUAGCUGGAUACAACUCCCACCCAUGCAAGAAAGAAGAGCCAGUUUCUAUGCAUGUCGGUUGGACAAACAUUUAUACGUUAUUGGUGGAAGGAAUGAAACCGGCUAUUUGUCCAGCGUGGAGUGCUAUAACCUGGAAACAAACGAAUGGCGUUACGUGUCCUCUUUGCCACAGCCUCUCGCAGCUCACGCAGGAGCAGUGCACAAUGGGAAAAUAUACAUUUCAGGGGGUGUGCACAACGGAGAAUAUGUCCCAUGGCUAUAUUGCUAUGACCCGGUGAUGGAUGUCUGGGCACGAAAACAGGAUAUGAACACAAAACGCGCCAUCCACACUUUGGCUGUAAUGAAUGAUCGCUUGUAUGCAAUUGGAGGAAAUCAUUUGAAAGGUUUCUCUCACCUUGAUGUAAUGCUUGUGGAAUGCUAUGACCCAAAAGGGGACCAGUGGAACAUUCUCCAGACUCCCAUUUUGGAGGGACGAAGUGGUCCUGGCUGUGCGGUGCUUGAUGACAGCAUUUACCUUGUGGGAGGCUACAGCUGGAGCAUGGGGGCCUACAAGUCAUCUACAAUAUGCUAUUGUCCAGAAAAAGGCACCUGGACAGAACUGGAAGGAGAUGUAGCAGAACCACUGGCAGGCCCAGCCUGUGCAACAGUUAUCCUGCCUGCCUGUGUACCUUACAAUAAAUAACACCAGGAAACCCUGGGAUGAACAGUAUUCCUUUCUAGGAAAUAAUAGCAGGUGACAUCACGCUUACAACUAGGAACAGCGCAUUUGAAUGGUACAGCUGCCGCAACCCACCUUUGGUUGCUGAUGAUUUACAAAUCUCUGCGAAAGCAAAAGACCUGUUCUUGAGCAGAUGCGGUCCGUAACUUGGGUCACGGCAAACUUCCUGUGGUGACAAACUCUUCCAUUUCAGACUGGUUUUAACUCGUCCCAGCUUUAUAAACACUCCUCCCGUGGAUCUUAACUUGCAAAAGGAGAAAGAUAAAAUACAGAAGAGUGCCCUCAGAAGGACCUAAGAUCAGUAUUGUGCAUUGUAGUCUACCCGCAUGUGAUCUAUGUUGAAGUUUUGGGGAUAUUGUGUUCAUGAAUGAUUCAAAACUGGACCCACUAAAAUACUUGCCCUGCAUUACGGAAAUUGCCACUUGAUUUUAUAUUCCUAACCUGUGGCUACUUCACAGACUCCAUAGGCAACACACUCAUGGGAAUCAUAUAAUAUCAAAGAGAAACACUUUCGUACCCGUAUGACUUUAUUUCACAUACCUUCUGCCCUUGCAGCCUCAUGGGAUCAGAGAAGAGAAGAUGCUGGUUCUUAUAGCAAUUGCUUUCUGCCCUGUCGGCUCCAUGCUAACCAAAGUCAUCAUUUCUGUGUCCUCAGUUUUAUCUGAAAGAUUAAAACAAAGUACCUGGUGUCACUAUUCAGUUCAUGGAGGUUUUUUCUUUUUUGCAGUAUAUAGAUAAGUGGUGAACACAUCUGUUCUUUGCUUCAAACGGUAGGAUUAUCAGGCAGUCAUACAAUAUUGUGUUUUCUGUUAGAUGACGUAUCCGACCCAAACAACCCACAGUGAAAACUGGGAGAUUGCUUUCAGUAAAUCAGGAACAAAAAGAUAAAACAAUUUCUUUUAAGUACAGUCCAAGUUGUCCCUCUGUCCUUAAACACACAACUUAAAAGAGACACAGGAGCAAAUUAUAGCUCCUAACAAAUACUUCCCCCUCUUCCUUACCUUGGCUCUAGAAAUGGCUUUAGAUUUGGCUCUAGAAAAAGCACAUGACUUAUCCUAAUUAUUCCCCCAACUCAUCAUACGUGUUUGUCAUCACCAGAGACGCCUGAGCUCAGUUGAGCGAGCCAUCGCUAGUUGCCCUUAGGAGCCUGAGGAAUUCAGGAACCAAAGAUCAGGAGGGCGUGAGAACGUUUCAGUCUGGCCAUUUGGAAGAACCAAACUGGCAAGAACAUGAAUUUGAUUUUCAAGCUCUUUGGAUCUGGAACAACAUCUGUUAGGAGUAAAUUAAAAAGCUUAAAAUAUUUUUAAUCACCCGGAGAUGUUGUUGAAUCCCUCAACAAAUGUGUCAUUCAAAAGAACACCAUGGGGGAAGCCACGGGUUAAACAAGCCUGGUGAUAAGCUUCACUGCGGAACAUGUCAAGACGGACAGGUGUCCUGGAACCCAGUGCCGUUUCCACAGUCGAGUGCAAUCUUCCUUGUUUUUGUAUUUAUUUGUAUGUUCAGAUCCAAAGGAUCCGCUGUAAAAUAUAUAUAUAAAUAUAUAUCCAGUGCAAUUAACUUUCAUUUCUUUUUCCUUGAAAGCAUAUGAAUAGAGAGAGAGAGAAAAGUUACGGUACUUUGCGGGAACAUCCCAGCUGACAUCGCAAAGAGAAUGCGGUCUGCUCCAGAACGUUCACCGUCAGCGGUCACCAUCCCAUCUGGAUGUCUCAGUUUAUGCAAGGGUAUUUGCUUUCCUUAGACUGGUUCUUCAUUUAUUUUUAUUUCUAGCCAACAUAAAUAAAAGCAUUUAUGAGAACUAUAAGUAAAGCUUUCUGUAUUUCAGAGAGACACAACUAUUAGAAAGUGAAAAGUGAAUAAAUAAGUCACAGAGGAUGUAAAUUUUGUACAGUAUUAGAAUGUGUAAAUGAAGCUUGCUUGGAAGGGGAAAACUUUAAAU